ACCGAACGGUGAUGGCACAAAGACCGAGCCGGAAGAGCUCAGCUGCUAUUUCUGCUCAGAUGUCGUCGCACCUGCAGAUAGUCAGAAGUCAGCGACGCUGGAUCAGCAAUGUACGGUCACAAGACCUGGCGCUGCACCCAUCGCAUCUGCAUUGGCGGUAGAGAUGCUGGUCUCAAUAACGCAGCAUAAAUUGAAAGGCCGCGCCCCUGCACCACAGCCGCCAACAUCAACAGCAAUCGCUCCCGCCCCGCCAACAGAUCCGACGGUGCCCAACUCACAUCCUCUUGGCACUGUUCCACAUCAACUGCGCGGUUACAUGUCGACAUGGCAGACACUGCAGAUCAAGGGUAGAGCAUAUGACUGCUGUUCUGCUUGCUCGCCGAAAGUGCUGCACGCAUAUGAACGUGAUGGGUGGGACUUUGUCAGGAAGGCACUCAAUGAAAAGGGCUUCGUGGAGGAGAUAUCAGGUCUGGCAGAAGUGCAAAGACAAGCUGAAGCUGCCGCACAAGCGAUGCAAGAUGAGGAAGGUGACUGGCCUGAUGAAGAUGAAGAAGGCGAGCUGAUAUGAUAUGAUGGGAGCGGUACAUCAAUAGUAGACCCCCAGUCCACUCCAUGCAAAGCAUCCGAGAGCUCACACCGGUCUCCAUCAUUCACGUCUCCUCUUCCUCGUUGCGCCAUUCUCUAUUCAGAACUCGCCGCAUUCACUGCAGCUUCCAUCCUCGUACUAUUGCUCACGCCUCUCGAGCCUCUCAAUCCUCGCUUGCUCCAUCGCCUCAAUAUCAUGAUCAUCUUCACCCAUAUCAAUCCAACCUCCAUCUACGGGCCUGUAUUCAAUCCGAAACACAUUCUCCACGACCCCAUAACCCUCCAAUCCCAACUCCGCGAACACUUUCGACUUAUUCAAAACAAAACCUAAUGCGAAGCUCGAUACCAUUAGUUUCGAUUUCGCGUCCUCCCGAUAAUAACAUUGCGUUAAUUGCCAUUCUUGGGGAGAACAAGUUCACCGCAAUAUCUAGGACGCUGGAAGCCUGCAAUUUCAGCAAGAUUCUUUUGAUUUGGGAUGCGGGCUUCUUUGCCACUGUGAUCGAGGAAAAAGCUCUUGAAAUUUCUGACAUCUUCUUCGUACUGAUUGAUGUUGGCUUUGGGAGGGCCACUGAGAUGGUCUAUGGAGUCUCUCGUCUUGCGAGUUUGAUCUGGCCGCUUUCUUCGCGGCUUCGUGAGUGGGACUUUGUGAUUCCUCGCGCGGUAGAGUGGGUGACUUGCAUACCACGGGAGCACUGUCGAAUUCAAGGUGAAGUGGAAGUGGAAAUGGAGGCGGAAGUGAAAAAUGACGCCAGCAGAGAGAGCAGGAGCGUGAACACAAUAACUGAUAAAUUUCUCAGAGAAAAAGAAAAAGCCAUGAUCGCCUCCCACGACAGCAUCCCAGCCGUACAAGGUCCGUUCAUGGCAUUGCUGCCAUCGACUUUCUUCUAUUCUAGUGCACCUGCUGCUCAUUCGACUCUCGAGAGAACAAAGAAAAAUGACCGCGCAAACCCACCACGCAUACGUUCCAGGCUACAAGCCCGAGCACAUCAGACCUCACGCAUUGGCGGACAGUGGAGAACAGUGCAGCCUACUUAUCUCCUGCCCAAAAUACAAGAAAUCUCAAGCAAGAAACCCGACAUAAAGCGACUCGAUUGCGGCGCAGGACCAGGCCUACUCUCAGCAUCCUUGGCCAAACUCAUCCCCCAAGGAACAGUCCCAAAAAUUUUCGCCUCGUCAGAAGGAAUUUCCAAUAUGAAAUUCCAGGCCGCAAAUGGUGCACGCACAUCAAGUCCUCCUCCACCUGGACGAACCAUCAGCGGCUCUCAAAAAAAAAUGCCGAGAUCGCGAUUUCACAGGUUCGACAACCUACGAUCCCCCAAGUCAGACUUGAUCGAGGAAUAUCUAAAGUUGAGCAAAGCCGUCGCGAAAUCUUCUGGUCGACUCGAGGGUUUGGGUGUGAGACUCGUAUCUCUUGCGAUGGAAGCUGGGGUCCCUCGCGCACAUAUUCAGGCCUCGAUGAGUAGUUGGUGUUACUCGACUCCAGAAGAACGAGAUAUGUGGGGAGGCAGUACGCGAGAUCGGUUGAGGUCGGGCGGUAUUCGAGAGACUGUGCUUGAGCGGAAACUUGGAUGGACGGAGAAGGAUAUGGAUGAUAUGGCGGAUGCUUGGCAGGAGUGGAUUAAAGCAGAGGAUGGCGUUUGGGGUCUUAUGAAUGGCGAGGUGAUUAUCACGAAACCUUGA